AUGGCCCCAAGUCUUCUAUCGAGCUUCUCUGCGGUCGUUCUCGCAACCACCUUGGCGACUGUGCCAUUUGAGGCAGCGUCCACUAACAGCAGCGCCUCGCACGCACCGUUCGGAACUAUUACGUCUAAGCCUGGCGAGUGCGUUGUCGGCAAUCCCAACACGUAUGUUUCUGCUGCUGACCUAACGUGGAUCUGGAACAACCGCAUGAAGAAAGAUGUGGAGCCGUACAACAACUGGAUCAUGGACCACCUCGUCAAGAACAAAGGCUCUAUCAACUACUACAUCCGUUGGGAUAGUAACAAGAAAUUAACCAAGGAGAUCGCUGCCAAGCUCCAGCCUAUGUUGACCCGUCAACACGCGGCUUGGAACCGCUGGCUCAUCGGCUAUGAUUGCUGGCCGUACAACGAGAUCAAGGUCAACGUCGUGGGGAUUGCCGUCAAGGACAAGUCGGUAUUGGGCUGGAACGACGACUCACUCGGCAAGAUUUACGUCGGUGACCUUGACGAUGAGGGCUCUCCGCAGUGUCCCGAGAACUGCUACCGUGCUGCGGACAGCUACUCUGGCAAGUGGUCCGAGUCGAGUGGAUGUGACGGCAAGCCAUUCGACAUUUCACUGUGGCCGACGCAAGGACUCGGUGGAGGCUGGGGAACGUACUGGGGCCAGCAAGUGGAUCUUGACGACAUGUUGAAGUACCUUGAUGAUGAAGAGCUCGAGAUUGUCUCACACGAAAUGGGCCACGGCUUCGGACUCGUGGACUUCUACCAGCAGCCCAAACCUGAUAACUUCAAGCCUUGUAUCAUGGAUGCCUUCACCUCCUCGUCUGUGAAGGACACGGACGGCUGGUUGCUGCGUCGCGUGUUGGAGAGCAAGAAGAAAAACUAUGAUUUUUAG